GCAGUUGAAUGGUACAGAAAGAAACUAUCAAUGCUUUCUGGACGCAAACGUGGGAAGAUUCCACGAAGCGAUAAUGCGCUUGAAUUAACAAAACCCGAAAAUACCGAUGCCAUUCUCUCCUUCUUACAGGAGGUUUUGCCCGGUUGGUCUGAUGUCAAAACCGCCGAAAUAAAAAGAGUUUCGG